AUUCUCCUCCUCGGCCCACUCGUACCCUUCUUCGACGCUGCCCUCUCCAACAAGUUCCGCUUCCUUAAGCCCUGGGAGUCGUCGCUGCCACUGUUCGAUUUCCUCGCGGCCCACGCGGUCUCCGUCCGGGUUCUUCUCUGUUCCGGUCCGUCCCCGGUCGACGAUGACGUCCUCGCCCGCCUCCCCGCCCUAGAGCUUGUAGUCGCCUCCAGCGCUGGCGUCGACCACAUCGACCUGGCCGCCUGCCGCCGCCUAGGGAUCUCCGUCACCAACGCGGGCUCUGCAUUCACCGAUGACGCUGCCGACUACGCCGUCGGCCUUUUGAUUGACAUCCUGCACCACAUUUCUGCCUCCGAUCGCUACGUCCGCCGGGGCCUUUGGCCUCUCAAGGGUGAUUACCCUCUCGCCUCCAAGAUAUAAUCUCAGGUACAAGGUAUAGGCCUAGACAUAUUGCAAAUCAGCACUGCCUU